AGAGGAACUGUCUGAUCGACAGGACCAACCGAAACCGCUGCCAGCACUGCCGUUUACAGAAGUGUCUUGCACUCGGAAUGUCCAGAGAUGCGGUGAAGUUUGGCCGCAUGUCCAAGAAGCAGCGUGACAGCCUGUACGCCGAGGUACAGAAGCACCAGCAGCGGAUCCUAAAUGAGCGGCAGCAGCAGACGUGUGAGGCAGAGGCCCUGGCGCGCGUCUACUCCUCCAGCCUGACCAACGGCCUCAGCACCCUCAACCACGAGAUCGGAGGCACCUACGCCAACGGCCACGUCAUCGAGCUCCCCAAGGGCCAGGUGAACGGUGGUGCCACGGGUGGCUACUACCAUGGCAUGGACUCCACCCAGCCCUCCCCGGACCAGUCAGGCCUGGACUUGGCGGGCAUUAAGCACAUCAAGCAGGAGCCGGUGUACGACCUGACCCCUGUGGCUAACCUGUUCAACUAUAGCACCUACCAGGACAGUCAGCUGGCGCACAGCAAUGUCAGCAUGGGAGAGCUAGAUCGUAUCGCCCAGAACAUUAUAAAGUCUCACCUGGAGACCUGUCAAUACACAGCAGAUGAGCUGCAGCAGCUGGCCUGGCAAACACACUCCUACGAUGACAUCAAGAUGUACCAGAGCAAAACGCGAGACGUGCUGUGGCAGCAGUGUGCCAUCCAGAUCACCCAUUCCAUCCAGUAUGUGGUGGAGUUUGCCAAGCGCAUCUCAGGCUUCAUGGAGCUUUGCCAGAACGACCAGAUCCUCCUGCUCAAGUCAGGUUGUCUGGAGGUGGUCCUGGUUAGAAUGUGUCGGGCGUUUAACCCACUCAACAACACAGUACUGUUUGAGGGGAAGUACGGGGGCAUGCAGAUGUUCAAAGCACUAGGUUGUGACGACUUGGUCAGCGCUGUGUUUGACUUUGCCAAGAGUCUGUGCUCUCUGCAGCUCACUGAGGAGGAGAUUGCUCUGUUCUCUGCAGCAGUGCUCAUCUCCACAGACCGUCCAUGGCUGAUGGAACCCAGGAAGGUGCAAAAGCUCCAGGAGAAGAUCUACUUUGCGCUGCAGCACAUCAUGCAGAAGAACCACAUGGACGAGGACGCGCUGGCUAAGCUGAUUGGUCGGAUACCCAUGCUGUCGGCCGUGUGUACUCUCCACACCGAGGAGCUGCAGGCCUUCCAGCAGCUUCACCCUGAGACGGUGAACGUGCUCUUCCCCCCGCUCUACAAGGAGCUGUUCAAUCCCGACCCCAAUGCAGCGAUCACCAUGCCCAAGUGACUUCCUAUGGUCCAACCCCAGAGAGUGGACCACAACGUGACCGCGGACGCAUCAUUAACGCAACGGCAAAGCAGUCCGGACCCCAGGCCCGAACCAUCCAGACACUUACAGCCGCAAACACUAGGAAUGUCCAGCACUUAUCCAACACUAUUCACCGAUACAGUCUAAAGAAUGUAUAUAACGCACCCAUGACCACGGGGCUCUUCAGAACUGACCAGAAAUGUACAGACUUUAACUAGCUAAUUUAAGCUGUCUUUUAACUGGGUAAGUUCAUUUGUUUAUUUUAGUUUUUUUUUAUAUGAAAUUGUGAUAUUGAAGAUGGGGGAGGGAUUUGUGUGAUUCAGAAAAGGUAUUGUAGAUAUUAUGUAGUGAAGAACAGAUUCCAGUAUUACAUCUUCUGUUAAUAUUUUAGUCUUCAUUUAAAACUGUAGCAGCCCUAUGUGGCUGAUAUCUUGUCUGUUUUGUUAUUUAAUAUUUUCAUGUGUACAGAAUUUGUAAAGUUAAAAAGAGACUUGUUAAAGAAUAUUGGGGUAAACCUGGGAGGUAAUUUUGGUAUGUCGAGAAAGCCUUGUCUGGGCUCUGUUGAUACAUGAAGAGGGUAUUGCAUCUUUCAGUUCGGAACCAUCAAACUGUAAAAGAAGGAUUUAAACAAUUAUGGCUACUUUUCAAGGUGAAGAUAUGUAUAUAAAUAUUAUAUUUUGCGUGAAAAAAAAGAUUUUGUCAGCCUGCCAUCCUGUCAAUCAUUUUUUGUCGCUGCAAUAACUCUGUCCAUCGAAGUUGGACUGCUAUUGAACAAUCAGAUCAAAUU